AUGCCACAAAGUGAUAUGGAGCAGAACCAUGUGAUUGCAGGUUUUUAUUCAGUAUGUGGAUUUAGACAAGUGAUAGGGGCUAUUGAUUGCACACAUAUUCGAAUCCCGAAAGUCGGUGGAAAUAUCGGACAAUACUACAUAAACAGGAAAGGAUACAGUUCAAUAAAUGUACAAGUUGUGGCAAAUGCUAAUUUAGAGAUCAUGGAUAUAGUGGCACAUUGGCGAGGCAGCACACAUGACUCAAGAAUAUUUAAUGAAAGUCGCAUAAAACAAAGGUUCGAGCAGUCAGAAUUUAAAGGCAGGCUUCUCGGAGAUUCUGGUUAUGCUUGUACUCCUUAUUUAUUCACUCCUAUCCUGCGUACCAAUACACAAAAGGAAGAAAUGUACAACCGGUCGCACAUCAGGACCCGAAACACUGUAGAACGAUGCUUUGGAGUGUGGGAGCAAAGGUUUCGGUGUUUACAGCAAGGACUUAAUAUAAAAUUAGUGAAUACAAAACUAUAUAUUGUUGCAUUGGCAAUACUGCACAACAUUGCAAUGCACAAGCAAGAUCUGCUUGAGGAUGCAGUAGAUGAUGGAAAUGUUCCAGUCACAGAAUUAGUAAAUAACUCCCAAGAGGAAAUUCAACACGGGCAGCAUUUAUUAAUGAAAAAUUUUAAAAUAAAUUACACAAUAUUUACAUCUACAAAAUAA